AAUUAAUAAAACGGUAGAUCGUGAGCGUCAACAUAAUCACCUUUAGCGUGCCCUAUUUAGAACGCAUCGAAUUCGUUGGAAAAUGGCGUCUGUAUUUGCCAGCUUGACAAACGACGUCAGACCAUGGCUCAUUAUAAUCGGUUGGAAAUGUUCCGCAUUUAUACGGCUUCGAAUAUAAAAAUUAAAAAUGUUACAGAUUGAUAAAGUUCAGGUUUACUGCGUGGACGUAAAAUAGUGCAGCAUGGCUGCACAAUUCACGGAAAAUACCAUUAAGUUGGAGGAAAACUCCGAAAAUGUUACCGAAAUACAGUCGUAUUUGGCCGGGUUUCAAAAGGAGAUAGGGAGUGAGGCGAACAUACAACAUGUUGCAGCCGAAGAAAAUGAGGAAGGUGAAGAAGGCACGUAUUUCGUGGAUCAAGCCGGACAUUACUAUUAUCAGGCGAAGGGGGAGGGACAACCUGUAAUGACUGUCAUGUCUGGUUUGGGAGAAUCCACAGGUGAAGAAGCAGAGGAAUUCAUCAUCAACGCCGAAAACGAAACCGAAGUGGAAGAAGGCGAAGAGAUUCCAGUGUCUGGUGAUGACAAUCAGAUUGUGAUCAAUUCUGGAAACGCGUAUCAGAGAGUAACAGUUGUACCAGCUGACACUAACUCUGGAGAGCUCAGUUACGUGCUAAUUGUACAAGAUCCUGACAUGAAGGAAGGUGACCAGGAAGAUGGAGAUCAAGAUAUGGCUGUGUACGAUUUCGACGAAGGCGAAGAAGGUGGAGUGGUCGAUUCAGAAAACGAGGACGACAAGGGUAAAAUCGUCAAGUUGAUCCCUCGCAAAUCUCAGGUAGUGACUCAGGCCCACAUGUGCAACUACUGCAACUACACAAGUCCCAAACGCUAUUUACUGUCGCGUCACAUGAAAUCUCAUUCAGAGGAAAGACCUCACAAGUGCAGUGUGUGCGAACGUGGCUUCAAAACACUCGCCUCCUUGCAGAAUCAUGUGAACACCCACACGGGUGUCAAGCCCCACGUCUGCAAGUUCUGCGAUGCCGCUUUCACAACUUCAGGUGAAUUGGUCCGUCACGUGCGCUAUCGUCACACCCACGAGAAACCACACAAGUGUAACGAGUGCAACUAUGCGAGUGUCGAACUGUCGAAGCUGAAGCGUCACAUCCGUUGUCACACCGGCGAACGACCGUAUCAGUGUCCCCAUUGUACAUACGCUAGUCCGGACACUUUCAAGCUUAAGCGUCAUUUGCGUAUCCACACCGGCGAAAAACCGUACAAGUGUGACGUUUGCCAGGCCCGAUUCACUCAGUCCAAUAGUUUGAAGGCUCACAAGUUAACCCACAACAUUGGCGAUAAGCCAGUAUUUCAAUGCGACCUAUGUCCAACAACGUGCGGAAGAAAAACCGACUUGAGAAUACAUGUUCAGAAGCUCCACACAUCUGACAAACCACUUAAGUGCAAACGUUGCGGCAAAAGCUUUCCAGAUCGUUACAAUUACAAGAUGCACAGCAAGACGCAUGAGGGUGAAAAAUGUUAUAAAUGCGACCUGUGUCCGUACGCUUCGAUCACGGCACGCCACCUCGAGUCGCACAUGCUUAUUCACACCGACCAGAAGCCGUACCAAUGCGAGCAGUGCGACCAAUCGUUCCGCCAGAAGCAGCUGCUCAAACGCCACCAGAACCUCUACCACAAUCCGGAGUACGUUCCGCCUGCUCCCAAGGAGAAGACACACGAAUGUCCGGAGUGUUCACGUGCGUUCCGCCACAAGGGCAACCUAAUGCGACACAUGGCGCUGCACGAUCCCGACCCGACCAUCCAGCGUAAGCAACUGGAGUUGAAGAUUGGGCGACAGAAGAAGAUCCAGAUGAUCGAUGGCCAGCAGGUGGAAGUGAUGCGCGGAAUCGCAUCCGACGACGAGGAGGAGAUUGACAUGAUGGCGGUCGAGGGCUCGGACGGGCAGCAGUACGUCGUUCUGGAAGUCAUCCAGAUGGCGGACGGCGAGGAGCAGGUCAUGGUCGUUGGGGAAGGCAGAAGCGAUCUGCUGGGCGAAAGUAUUUUGCCCGAUAAUGACUUGAACAACGAAGAUGUUAUUAAAGCUCUUCAAUCAGCAACCAGAGUUCACAAAUCCGAAAUUAUAGAACAACCAGAGGAAGAAGAUAAGAAGGAUGAUAUGAAAAAUUGUUUUGGAUUUGAUGAGGAUGAAGAAGAUGAAGAGGAAUUAAAAGGAAAAGCAUCAAUUACGCUUUUGGAUGAUAUUGACUGAAUGAAGUAGUUAAUUUAACACACUAUUAACUUGGAUUUUCAAUGUCUUUUAAGUUUUUAAUAUUAUUUAAUAUUGGAUUUAUUUUUGGUUUUAUUUAUAUCAAUCCAAGUCACCAGUAUCUUGUACAUGUUUUGUAUACACUAUAUUCCAUUUUAUAGUUAAUUUUUUAUCUGUUUGUAAAUACAAGUUAUUUAUAGAUGUAAUGAUUAAGAGUUAUUAAUAAAGAAGAAAAUUAUUUCAUGUGUA